AUGGAACCCAAUGACAACCCAUUAAGCUCUUUCUUCCACCACCACAACCACCAACAACAACAGCAUCACCACCUUCACCAACAACAACAACAACAACAACCACCACCACAGGGAAAUUCCACCACCGUAGCCUCCGCCACUACCACCACCGCGUCUCCGACCAACGGCCUCGAUGGAUCCCACAUACUCUACCCUUCUGCUGUCUCCUCUCAGCUGGAACCAGCUAAGCGAAAACGUGGAAGACCUAGAAAAUAUGGAACUCCAGAACAAGCCCUAGCUGCUAAGAAAGGUUCUACGUCGUCGUUUUCACCUACUUCUGAGAAUAACAACAACAUUAAGAACUCCAAUUCUUUCACUCCUUCUCCUUCUUUCACUUCUAGGAAAUCUCAUUCUCUCUCUCUAGGCAAUGCAGGACAAGGUUUCAGUGUACAUGUCAUUGCUGUUACUGCUGGUGAGGAUGUUGGCCAGAAAAUUAUGCAAUUUAUGCAACAAAAUAGGGGUGAAAUAUGCAUUCUGUCUGCAUCUGGUUCCAUCUCUAAUGCCUCUCUUCGUCAACCAGCAUCUUCAGGAGGCAACAUUACGUAUGAGGGUCGGUUUGAUAUUAUUUCACUUACCGGUUCCUAUGUCCGUAAUGAAACUGGCGGGCGAAGUGGCGGUCUCAGUGUAUGCUUGUCUAAUUCUGAUGGACAAAUCAUUGGUGGUGGUAUUGGUGGGCCUCUUAAAGCCGCUGGUCCAGUUCAGGUCAUUGUUGGUACAUUUUCUAUCGACAACAAGAAGGAUACUAGUGCUGGUGGAAAAGGUGACGCCUCUGCCGGUAAGUUGCCAUCACCAGUUGGCGAAUCAGCAUCAAAUUUAGGUUUCCGCCAAACAGUUGACAGUUCCAGCGGGAACCCAAUGCGGGUAAAUGAAGAACAUCAAGCCAUGGGGGGAAGUCAUUUCAUGAUUCAACAGCUUGGUUUGCAUGUGACACCUCCCAGGUCCACAGACUGGGGAAGUCAUCCAGAUUCAAGACAUGCUGCUGGUUAUGACCUAUCAGGAAGAACAGGUCAUGGGUCGCACCAGUCUCCUGAGAAUAGAGGCUAUGACCAAAUUCCUGAUUGA